AGUUCGAUUUAGACAUCGGAGACUGGAUUUAUACAUUAGAUUAGAAGUAAUGUUUUUAUUUCGGUUUCUGAACUCUGAGCUUUGACAUGUCUGUCUCUCCGUGUUUAGUUGAUAGAUGGACUGAGGAGAAUAACGCCAUAGUUGUCAGGUGGAAGCAAUAUGAACGAGGACUUCAACCAAUGCAGGAUGUUCGGAACCGAUGCUAUUCAGAAAGCAUUAAACUGCUUCAGAAAAUGCAAGGUAUACCAGCAGCUACUGAACGACUCAAACUUGAAAUGACGGUCUCAUACAACACGUUUUUAUUCUCUCUGAGUUUCACCCACCCAAGUGAGAUGGAGAAGAAUCUCACCCGCACUUUAUUAAGAGUGCUGGAGGCUGCUGGAUCUCAGGUCCUCAGCUCUGGUCCAUUUAAGUUGUGGCAGGUUGGUCUGCAGACUUUUGACACAUCGGUCUAUGCGCCGUAUCUCCACAAGCUUCUGUUGAUCCAGUGGAUGUUAUGGCUAAUGGAGGGUCAGCUAGAGAGUAUUGUUACUCUUCUGACACAGAUAAAUCACAAGGGAGAGCUUUUAGCACAUGUGAAUCUACAGACAGAAAUCAGAAACCUUGCACUGAGCAUGGAGGAGGAUUCCUUGUUAAUGGUUGCCAGGGCAGCAAGAGACCUCAAGGAUCUUUUGCACAUUUGCACUGUUAUUUCUCAUGGGGUGGAACAAAUGAACAAGGAGAAAUAUUCUGAGGCCCUUGAAGCUUUUCAGGAGGCUAAAGACCGGCCAAGUCCCAGAAGACUUAUGGCACAGAUCCACACUCUUACAGGCCAAAGUUUGUCUAAGCUGGAUCAGCCCCAUUGCGCUCUUCACUUUUAUAGGAAGGCUGUGGAAGUGGACUUUUCUUGCCACAGUGCGCUCUAUCAAAGUGCACUGGUAUUCAGACAGCUUGGUAAUUCAAAAGCAGAAAUAGAGGCUCUACAUCUUCUUUAUUCUGCUGUACAGCGACAGUCUGAUAAAUGUCCAUCUACUGCUUCACUGGUCUCUCCAGAUUUACUGCUGGGUGGGGAACAGAUGACCUUUAUUAACAGAGUCCCCUCCCCCUCUCUGAUUCUGUACACUUUGGCACACGCGUGUGUCCUCAAUGGCAGUAUUUCAGAUGGUGUUGAGUAUUAUCUUGAUCUCUUGGCAUCAUUUCAAUCGGACAACAAAGAUCUUGUGCCUACAGGGGUUGACACUUCUUUUCCCAGAAUCCCAGUGGUCUACCUUGAAGCAGCAUUUGCUUUGUUAAAAGCUCAGAAAUAUAGGGAUGUUCUUGUGAUCUGUGAGGAGGUCAUUACCAGUACUUUAGACUUCAUCCCUGAGAGACUGCUGCUUGAUCUGCCCAUGGAAAAUCAGCAAACAGUUGGACCAACAGCUGCGAGUCCAGAUUCUGAUGCUGUGCUCGAAAAUGUGGACUUUGUGUUAUGGGCUGGUGCAGCCCAUCUUCUUCAAGCACAAACUCACUGGAAGCUGAAGGAUACCAAAGAGGCAAUUACAAAUUUUACAAGAGCUAUCAAUCAACUGGUGAAGGUGUUUAUUAAGCAGAAAGACUGGAAACAAAAAAAUCUUGGAAACACUGAAGAAAUGGUCAAAAGAAUGUUGACUUUAGAAGCAGCAAAAGGACAAUCACUAGCUGGUAGAGGGCUGUGCUUCCUGGAAAAAGGUCAAUUGAAAGAGGCAUUGAGAGAUCUUCAUCUCAGUCUCCAGAUUUUCCCAGGUUGCAGGAACACUGAAAUGUGGCUUACUGAAGUCUUAUGGAGGCUUGAUCGAAGAGAAGAAGCUUCAGUAACCUGGCGAGAGAGCUAUAAUACUACAGAUACUAAGUCAAAAAACCUGCUACCGCUAUAUUUGCAAGCAUGGCAAGAUGAUUCAGCUUUUGACUUCAGUGGCCUUAAGAAGAAAAUAGAGGAGCACAUUCAAGCCAGCAAUGUAAUAACAUAAGGAAAAAAGGAGAUGCUUUAUACUAUAUCACAACACACCCAAACAAGGACUCUUUUAUAAAGCGUCUUUUAAUUUCUGUUUUAUUCAGUAACUAUGUAAGUUACUUUUGUUAAUUGCUUUGACAUUUUGGUCAACCAGUGUCGGUAAUAUAUCAUUCCAUUCUUGGUCUGAACUUUGGUUAAAGCAUAUUUGUUUGUCUGAAUUGAUUCAUGUGUGUUUAAGUGUAAAUCAUCUAUCACAUUAUUUAUAAUGAAAAUAAACACCAUUCAUAAUCUUAAAUUUAAACUAGUACAUUA